AGCAGGAGAGAUCCACUGUGAGUCCGAGCUGAUAAAGAAUUCCGGCUCUCUGGUACCUCCAGCUGUGCCAGGGAGUUCACUCCGGCUGAUUUCGUGUCUACACUGCUCCCUGUGGCCUCCCUCCUCCAUGGCACUCCUGGGCCCCAACCUGGUACAGCAGGCAAUGAUUAUCGUCAACAUGAUCCUGAAGAUUAAGCACCUGGACAUGGCCCCAGACUCCUUUGAUGACCAGUACCGGGGCUGUGGCCUUGCCAUGAAGGAAGAGCUGUUGGCCCUGAAGAGCUCUGAGUUGCAGAAGAAUUCUCGGUUCGCUGAGGUCUGGCCUAAGGCCAUCUCCAUGUGGCGCAUUCGGGGGUCCCGUGUGUCCCCUCUGUCAUCCAAAGACCAGGCCGUCGCCAUCAUGGCCUACACGAUGGAGGGUCUGUACAAGGAGUUCAACGACCAAGUGAGAGUGGCUGGGCGCUCCCCUGUGUCAUAUCGGGACAAAUUCCACUUCAAAACGCUGCAUUUCCUGCUGACCGACGCCCUGGCCACGCUGAGGGUCAAGCAGGGACAGAAAUGUCGCUGUGUGUUCCGGGGGGUGAAAAAGUACAAGUUCAAGGCAAAGGUUGGCGACAUCGUCCGGUUCGGUCAAUUCGCGUCGUCGACGCUUUGUGAAAAUGUCAUCCAUGAUUUUGGGAACAGCACGGUGUUCAAGGUUCAGACAUGUCAUGGCGCAUACAUCAGGAACUUCUCCAGAUAUCCCAUAGAAGAGGAGGUGCUGAUCCCACCCUUCGAGAAGUUCAACGUCACCAAAGUCAUUGAGGGAACGGGGAACGUCCAGAUCCACCUCAACUCCAUUGGGACCUACAGCAAAUACAACUGCGAGUGGCUGAAAGGUGGGAGCAUCUCCCAGGCCCCCUACCACCUCGGAGGACUCCUCCUGGCCACCACAGUCGUGGCAACGGCCACCGGAAUCCUCUGAGCCACGAAGCCACCAGGGUCACCAAGAACUCUGUUGUCACUGUGGCAGCCACGAUCACCAAGACCACCAGGACAGCCAGAGAAACAAGGCCACCAAGGCUACCAUGGCCACCACUGCCACUAUGGCCGCCUUGGCCACCAUGGCAUCCAUGUGGUCACUGAGGCCACCACAGGCCCUGAGACCACUGCAGCCACCACAGUGACUCUGGCCACAGUGCCACAAGGGAGUUGCGCAAAACAAUUUUAUAAAACACUUAUAUAAAAAAAAAUUUAUCAAAUCACCACUAUUACAUUUUUUUAUCAAAAUAAUACUGUUAAAUAAUUGUAUCAAAAGAAUUCCAUUAAAUUAUUCUAUGAAAAUGGUUCAAUUAAAUUAUUCUAUAAAAUCAAAUCCAUUACAAAAUUUUAUCAAGGCAGCAAAAAGAGACAAUUCUCAAGCAGGGCUCAAUGUCGCUCCCCACACCCGUGUGAAUGUCUCUUUCUCUCAAACUCGAGGAGGAUUUUUGGGGGGCACACCCUUCCCAAGGGAGGGACCUCACACCCAUUUCAUUCCAAGCAGGAAUACGGGACAGGAAUCUUUGUCUGAGAGGGGAUUGGAUAUUCC